CCUUUUCGGCACACAGCAAAACACAACAUAGAACAUACCAAGUUCAAAAGCAUGGUACCUGACACGCUUCAACUGCACUUCACCAUCAAAUUCGAAUAAGCCACCGAGAGAUAACACUAACAACAAUAAGCGCUUACUGUUUAUGCCACCCCGUCCUCCCUGCUUCUAUGGUUUUCCCUUUAACUGUGAUUUGUUUCAUUGCACUUGAUUAUUCUCUGCUGUUUCUGUUUUUAUCUAGGAUACGAAUAUAGCCUGUCAUAAUGUUUUCUAAUUAAUUAAGUGUUGAUUUUCUCGUGCCCAACAAAUGUUCGAAGAAAUUCAUAAAAAGAAUUUUGAAAAAAUUACGGUUGUUGAAGAAAUCAUAGCAAACAGAUUUAGACAACUAAAUAACAGGUGUUCAAGAAGGUUCUGUUAUCCAGCACUAGCACCCAAGGUGAUGAUAAUGCUCAGACCUAUCUAUUUGGCAUAGCAGUUUGGUUCUUUGACUGCCUAAUCUAAGGAAGUAUACCCUUUCUUGCUUUGGCAAAGUAGAUGAAUUUAUAAUUUAUACUGUGCACUGCAUAUUUAUUUGUCACUUGUUAUAAAAUAAUUAGUCUUCAUAAAUCUCUCAUCCUAAUGCCCAAUUAAAAACAGACCUUGUUAGAUUUUGCUCUAGCUUCAUUGCUGCAAACUGAUGGAGGAACAGGUUGCUGGAAUCCCAGCACUUAUAGCUCACUCCACUUUUAGGAUAGCAAUGCUUAAACCCUCUAUACAAGUUAUCAUUAAUUGAUGAGAAACUUUGUCUUCAUCAUUGAUUUGAUGAAUUCAAGUAACAAAGAGUGAGGCACUGUUUUAUGUGGUGCCUGAACUAGGAGAUUUAGUCUUUUUAGUCAUAAUUUCUUAUUAAAAUUGACCACAAAUGAGAGAAGUAAUUAUAAGCUUGUUGCAAUUAAAUUUACUGCAGACUUCUGGCUGUUUGACAUCAUUUUCUUUUACAGAUCAGAUUAAAUACUUCAUUGUUUUAUUUACUCAUCCUAAUGCUAAUUUAUAAUGAAAGUUCUUCUGAAACAGGUAUAUCUUAGACUCUUCAAGAUUCAUAACUGAACACUUCAAUGCAGAAAAGUACUGGAGAUAUUACAAACCACCUGCUUGGAGGUUUAUAUUGCUAUCUAAGAAGAUGCAUGUUUUCCAUUUUAUCUGUGGGUCCUGUGCCAAAUCAUAUUGCUUUCAUCAUGGAUGGGAAUCGUAGGUAUGCAAAGAAGAGAAACAUGGUAGAAGGUGAUGGCCAUAAGGCUGGAUUUACUGCUCUCAUGUCCAUCCUUAGAUACUGUUAUGAAUUGGGAGUGAAGUAUGUGACUGUCUAUGCAUUUAGCAUUGAUAACUUCAAAAGAAAGCCUAAAGAGGUUCAGUCCUUGAUGGAGUUGAUGCGAGAAAAAAUUGAGGAGUUACUUCAACAGGAAAGCAUUAUUAAUGAAUAUGGUGUUAGAUUACAUUUCAUUGGAGACAUGCAACUAUUGACUGAGCCUGUCAGAAUUGCUGUGGAAAAAGCAAUGAGAGUUACUGCCCACAACAACCAGAGAGUUCUUUUAAUUUGUGUAGCCUAUACUUCUCGUCACGAGAUUGUGCAUGCUGUUCAAGAGUGCUGCAAGGAAAAAUGGAUUGAAGUUCAAGCAUCAAAAGAAACAAAAGUUACCAAUGAUGCAUUUGCAAGAAUUGAUCAGGGCUUGAAAGAAAAUGGUUUUGAUUCGCUUUUUCAUGAUUCACGUAAAGACUAUCUAUAUGCAACCAAAGCUUGUAGUAGUGUACCUGAAGGAGUGGAAGAUGGUGGAGAGAAUGAUGGCAUGUAUGAGUAUGAUGUUGAAAAGCAUAAGAGUAACUGCCAUGAAGCUGAAAUCACAUCACGCAAUGAGCUUAUUGAAAGGGCUGAAGAGGGAAAGUAUAAGCAGGGUGAAGUUCGUUUCAUAAAAGUGGUGGAUAUUGAGAAGCACAUGUACAUGGCAGUGGCACCUGACCCAGACAUCUUGAUCCGAACUUCUGGAGAGGCUCGCCUCAGCAAUUUUCUUCUUUGGCAAACUAGUACUUGCCCUUUGUAUGCACCAACUGCACUUUGGCCUGAAAUAGGUCUAAGACACUUGGUCUGGGCAGUAUUGAACUUUCAGAGACACCAUUUUUAUUUGGAAAAGAAAAGGAAACAGUUCUAACUGCAUCCUUGUUCGCCAAAAUUCACAAUGUAGUUCAUGUUA